AUGAACGCCAUGCGCGCAUGCCUCAAUUGCCAGAGGAGAAAAACCAGGUGCCUGCGGAGCAACACCGGGAAUGGGCCCUGUUCGUAUUGCUCCAGGGCGGGCAAGUUGUGUAGCUUUGACUCGCCUCCCGACCGAACACCCUUGACCAGGCGAAACCUGGACGCUGCUGAAUACCGUUGCGCACAGCUCCGGUCGCUUCUGCGGUCACUUAACCCGGACAUAGACAUCGAGUCGGCACUGAAGCAGCAUGCCGGCGCGGCAUCAGCCGCGGCAAGCUCUCAUGAGCCAGAUGACGGCGAACUGGAUGCGUCCCCGCCCAACCGGUAUGAGUGGCAUGAGGGGUCCUUGUCGCCUGGAGUUGGCUCUGCAGAGCAUGGCCUAUCCACUGCUACUGACGGAAUGGCGGCGCUUGCCACAAGAGAUGCUGGUAGCAGCUCUGGCUCGCAGCUUCUGGAGGAGAUUGAUACAGUAAUAUCCAGCGGGACAAGAAAAGCAUACACGAGCGCCCAGCACGGACGUAGUCGAUCUACGCCCUCGGCUGAGCUUUUACCUCCCGAACCGCCGGAUUUGCAGCAGUCGCAUGUCACUGCAUGUCUUGUUGAUGCAUACUUCAAUCUUUACAACACCUGCUACCCUAUCAUACACGAAAAAACGUUCAGAGAUCGGAUGAAUACCGGCCAACAACAUGCACCGACACGAUCGCCAUGGCGGGUGGUGUAUUACAUGGUCUUGAGCAUCGGGCACUGGCUUACAAAUAGCGAGACGGAGCACUCUUACACCCAGUACUAUGCGGCUGCGAGAGCCAACCUGUCUAUUCAAAUGCUCGAAUCUGGAACAAUAGAGACCCUGCAAGCGUUUCUGCUCAUCGGCAACUACCUCCAGAAGAGAGAUCGCACAAACACAGGUUACAACUAUAUUGGGUUGGCAUGCAGAAUGGCCCUGGAGCUGGGUUUACACCGAGAACUUUCAGGGACGGACGGUACUAUCGGCCACGAGCGGCGUCGUCAAUUAUUCUGGACGACGUAUUGCUUCGAGAGCGGUUUCAACAUUACCACAGGUCGACCCCCGACAAUGCUCGGUGAUUUCGUUGAUGGACUUCCGCCCAGCGCAUCGGCCCCCGCAGCUACCUAUCAUCCCACGACAUACUCUGCCAUCAUUGCUCAAGCGCAGCUAGCAAGAAUCGCUGAUGCAAUCUACGCGGAGUUUCUUCAAGCCAAAUUAGCGGGUACUAAAAUUGAGUAUCGACUAGCUGAGACUCGGGAGAGAGACCUCAAUGUCUGGCGCCAUAAUCUGCCAAAUUAUUUUAUCGCCACAGAUGUUCCUCUCUGGUUCCGGGCACCUCGCGCUGUCGUUCUUUGGAAAGAGCAGAACCUUCGCAUCUUGCUUUGGCGUGGGGCUCAGAAGUGCCAUAGCUUCCUUCCCACGUCCGAGGACGCAGAAGAGAAGUGUCUCCAUAUUGCGAUGCAGACUAUCCACGAUAUCGAUGAGUUUUGCACGUCCUACGCGUCUGCACUACAUCAAGGCCUCGCUUGGUACGCUACAUAUUUCAUGUUUCAGGCGGCCCUUGUACUUUUGGCGCAUAACCUCGCCAAUAAUGGCCAAGCCGAGGCAUCGGGGCGAACGGAGCUCCCAUGGGCACACGAAUACUCGGUGACCAAAGCUCAAUCCUGUUUGCAGAAAUUGGCGACGACAAGUAGGGCAGCAAGCCGUUGCCUGAAAUCGCUCAACGAUAUCAAGAGCCGGCUCCCAACCCUUCCUUCGGCUGGCUUGGAGGGAGGCAAUACCCGCGAUAACGUUGGAGUUCCGGACAGCGAUGCAUCAACAGCCCCUGGAGGCGACAUUGAGCAUCCACAACCGUACUACGAAGGCCCACAGAGCGAGAAUGGCUUCGCGUUUCACGGCGGAGGCCAAGAGUCUGUCCCCGAGCAUGUCGGCGAUCCAGACUUGCGGAUCCUCAUGAGCCAGGUGUCUCAAGAUUUUAUGGAUAUGCCUCUCGACUUCCUACUCAAUGACUGGGCUACUUAA